GAUAAGGCUGGCCAAGAUGGAACGUAUUUUUCCUUGUCUGUGGCUUGUUUUUCCUCGACUUCAAUCACUUAACUAAACUGAAGCCUCGACGACGUGUCCAGCAGUAGCCACUUUACGGACUCAAACAUCAGUUUUUGAGUCUUACCUUACCACUCGUUGAAGUUUUGCGAUUUACUUUAGCCUAGCCUAGCCUAGCCUAGCCUAGCUGACCAACAGCUAACAAAGCUGCAAGGCACGUUUUCAAUCGUUCAGAAAUCAAGUCAGGAAAAUGUCAGCGAGAACGACACCGGCUGCAGUAAAUUUCCAGGAGGAACUUUGUGGAGUAAAAGAGGAGCCCCCACGUCAGCAACCCUCGUCUGUGUGCAAAAUAAUGCUCGCAAAGGUUGUUCUUCACAGACUAGAAGAUCUAUAUGUCAGCCAUGCCCAUCAUAUUGAGCACCAGGAGUCUGCAUGCGUCAAGGGGGAGGAGGAAGAGUCGCCAUGCAUCAAGGAGGAAGAGUCGGUUCACAUUAAAGGUUUCAGAGAAUAUCUUGAUGCUGAGCCAGAAUCUCCUGGCAUUAAAGAGGAUGUGGAGCUCCCCCAAACCAAAGAGGAGGAGGAGCCUGAGCCCUGUCAACAGAAGGAGAGAGUAGAGCACCUUCCAAUCAAAAAGGAGGAGGAGGAGCUGCCAUAUGGUAAAGAGGAGGUAGACGAGGUGCAUAUCACCAGGUUGGCUGGUGAGCCCUUGAAGAGUGAAGAUGGUCCGAGUGAGGCCAGCAGAGGGGCGGAGCCUCCAAGCGAGGGAGGUAGCAGCAGUUCAACAGAAGGAUUGCAAGCAGACAUCGACAUUGCUCCAUCUGACAGAGAUGGCGCCAAGUCCCACUUACCUUACAAUUAUGAUGACCAUAAGACAUCUCACGGUGACGACAGACUCUGCAAAUGCUCUCAGUGUGGAAAAACCUUUGCUACUAAGCAAAGUUGUCGUAGGCAUAUGAGGAUCCGCACUGGUGAAAAACCUUAUGUCUACUCAGUUUGUGGUCAAAGAUUCGCUCAAAAGCAAAACUUACAAAGUCACGAAAGAACCCACACUGGCGAAAAACCUUUUUCCUGCUCAGUUUGUGAUCAAAGAUUCAACCGCAAGAACACCUUAAAACUACACACAAGAAUCCACACUGGCGAGAAACCUUUUUCCUGCUCAGUUUGUGGUCAAAGAUUCGCUCAAAAGCAAAACUUAAAAAGUCACGAAAGAACCCACACUGGCGAAAAACCUUUUUCCUGCUCAGUUUGUGGAAAAGGAUUAUCUUCAAAAGGAGGACUAAUAAUUCACACAAGAACCCACACUGGCGAAAAACCUUUUUCUUGCUCAGUUUGUGAUGAAAGAUUCAGCCGCAAGAACACCUUAAAACUACACACAAGCGUCCACACUGGCAAAAAACCUUUUUCCUGCUCAGUUUGUGGAAAAGGAUUCUCUACAAAGGGAGAACUAAUAAUUCACACAAGAAUCCACACUGGCGAAAAACCUUUUUCCUGCUCAGUUUGUGAUCAAAGAUUCAGACACAAGAACACCUUAAAACGACACACAAGAAUCCACUCUGGAGAAAAACCUUUUUCCUGCUCAGUUUGUGGUCAAAGAUUCGCUCGGAAGCAACACGUAAAACAACACACAAGAAGCCACACUGGCGAGAAACCUUUUUCCUGCUCAGUUUGUGAUCAAAGAUUUGCUGUAAAGGGAAAUCUAGCAAAACACAUAAGAAUCCACUCUGGAGAAAAACCUUUUUCCUGCUCAGAUUGUGGUCAAAGAUUCGCUCAGCAGCAACAAUUAAAACAACACACAAAAACACACACUAACGAAAAACCUUUUUCCUGCUCAGUUUGUGAUCAAAGAUUCAGCCACAAGAACACCUUAAAACGCCACACAAGAACCCACACCGGCGAAAAACCUUUUUCCUGUUCAGUUUGUGGAAAGAGUUUUGUGCGCAAGGAGGACUUAACAAAACACAUAAGAAUCCACACUGGAGAAAAACCUUUUUCCUGCUCCAUUUGUGGAAAGAGUUUUGUGCGCAAGGAGGACUUAACAAAACACACAAGAAUCCACACUGGAGAAAAACCUUUUUCCUGCUCAGUUUGUGGUCAACGAUUUGCUGAAAAGGGAAAUCUAACAAAACACAUAAGAAUCCACUCUGGAGAAAAACCUUUUCGCUGCUCAGAUUGUGGUCAAAGAUUCGCUCAGCAGCAACAAUUAAAUCGACACACAAAAACACACACACUGGCGAAAAACCUUUUUCCUGCACAAGGGGGACUUAACAAAACACAGAAGAAUCCACACUGGAGAAAAACCUUAUCGCUGCUCAGAUUGUGGUCAAAGAUUCGCUCAGCAGCAACAAUUAAAACGACACACAAAAACACACACUGACGAAAAACCAUUUUCCUGUUCAGUUUGUGGUCAAAGAUUCACUCAAAAGCAAAACUUAAAAAGUCACGAAAGAACCCACACCGGUGAAAAACCUUUUUCCUGCUCAGUUUGUGGAAAGAGUUUUGUGCGCAAGGAGGACUUA